AUGUUGACGUGGUUUGGCCUGGUCAAGUCGCAUCGCCGCGAUGGCGAGCGCGAGCCCCUCCUACCGCAAUACAACGAUGAGACGGCGCGUGAGGCCCGGCUCCAUGAAAAGCUUCACACGUACCAGAUGCUACGGGCCAUGUCUCAAGGAUAUAUGCCGUCGAAUGAGCAAGUCGUCCUGCAGCUGCGAAGCCUGCUCUCCGCCGACAUCCUCAACCCGGACACCCAAGAGUUGAGCAGCUCUGGACGAGCUCUCACCUCUUCCACGAAGCUUUGGCUCACGCAGUUUAUCAAAGUUCUGCAGCACAAGAACAGCGAGGACCAGAUCCAGGAUUUCAUCUGGUACCUCAGCAAGGCGAGACUGGACAUUGACACCCGCGACCUGGGAGUCAAGGCUGCAGCGUCCAAGGCCAAGGCCGACGCGUCUGCCACGCUUGCAAGCCUGCGCACCGUUGGAUCCCUGCUGCUCACAAACUCGGACUUCCGCAUAUUUCUAGACGACCUUGGCACCGUUGGAAAGGAGGUCUUCCGGGAUACCGCCUUCACCUUAGCAGACGUCUCCAAGGAGGCCGGUCAGCAGCUGGCGCCCGCCACCGAAGCCACCGACGCCCUCAGCGCCCAGGGUGGGAGCACGCACACCGUGCCGUCGAACCAGGAUCUCGAGGACCAGGUGCAGGAGGUCGCGCAGGUUGUCUCGAGCGGCGCUGCAGAAGUCGCAAGCGAGGCCGGCCAUAGCCUGUCGGAGCAUGUCACUGGGAGUGAGGGGAAAGCGCUUGUCCAUCGCUUGAAGCAGACUGUCGUGCAAUUGAGAAAGCGCCGCGACUACUCGGAGUCGGUGUCGACUCUCGCGCUGCUCCUCCAGCGCUAUCUGGCAGCCUAUGCUCGUCUCGCGUCCGAUACCGUCCAGGCCGUCGAGGAGGAUGUGGGCACAAACGAGGAUGCGGACCUCGCCGUCCGCAACUUCUGGCGCUUCUUGACGUCCCUGGGAAACCAGGAGCGCUGGAAGCAAGUCGAAGCGUCCUUUGACAAGGUUGUCGAGGCCGGUCGAUCGGACCCCAACUUUGAGAAGAUGGUGCAGGAGAUCGCCACCUUGGUGCAGGAUAUGCUCACCGACCCAGAUUUCUUCGACAAUGCCGAACAGCGAUUCAAUGACCUGCGAAACAGGUCCAAGGAGACCACAUCGAGGUCAUCCAUUGCAGACAGCGUGGACGAGCUCCUCACCCACCUUCGCUUGGCUCUUCGCUCCGUCACCGAGGAUGAGGAUAUGCAAAAGUUGCUGCGUAUUUCGAAGAGAAUCGCGGCACUCCUUUCACCCCAGGGAAGCUACAAAAACGAUGACCUGGUCCAGGACUCGAUCAACACGUUCGUCCCGCUCGUCGUACAGGCCAUUCAAUAUGUGCCGAUCCCGCGCCUCGAGGUGUCCACGCCGGCCGUGGACCUACUGUUGGAGAACUUGAUUCUCGAACCAGGCCGGACCAUCAACCACAGCUCAUUUCUACCUUACCGACUUCAGAUCUCCACGCAAAACGACUUUGCUGUGCAAAAGGGCCUUUUCCGAACGACAUCCUCGAUGGCCUCCGUGGUGCGCGUCAAAAUCUCCGGCUUGUCCAUUGCGGCCGACGAUCUGGGGUAUUGGGUCAAGCUACACUCCGGGCUACUAAGGAUCAUGGACCAAGGGCUGGUCAGCUUUCACCUGGACGAGCGCGGCAUCGACAUCACCCUCGACAUUGAAAUUGGACGCAAUCGAAUCGAGGAGCUGGUGUCCCUGCGGAGCGUCAAGGUAGAUGUACACCACCUGAACUACAAGCUGAGCGACUCCAAGUUCUCGUGGAUCGCGUGGCUCCUCAAGCCACUGAUCAGACCCAUAGUGAGGAAGGCGCUGGAGUUGAAGGUGGCGGCGGCGAUCGAGCAGGGUUUACGGACGUUGAACCGGGAGCUGGUAUUUGCGCGAGAGCGGCUGCGCGCCACGCGCAUUGCCAACCCCAACGACCUCUGGACCUUUCUUCGGGCUGUCGCUGCUCGGCUCACCCCCGCACCGGACCCGGAUCUGGACGCGAGGGUCGGCGUACGCCCAGGGCGAGACGUGUUCCGGGGGCGCUACGCACCGGGCAGCCUCGUCAAGCUGUGGGACGACGAAGGACGGGACGCACCGCAGCGGGUGCUGGAGUACGAGAGGGGUGGGUGGCGCAAUGAGAUAUUUGACGUGAAGACGGUGGCAGCUGGCAGCAGGCGGGUUGCACAAGUGUGA